GCAGCUGAGAGAGCAGGGGUUGUUUAGCCUAAAGAAGAGGAGGUCCAUUCAAGCUCUUUUUAAAUAAUAUUUAAACUACAGCUUUGUCUGUUCUAAGUAUUAUUAAUGUUCAGCCCUUUAGCUCCAGGUUUGAGUAUGAUCCAUCUUUGAAUUGCACAAGGCAGCCAUAUAGUCCAAAUAAAGCCCAGCUAGAGGCCUAACAAUACUAGCCACUUAUGCCAAACAAGCAUUUAGCUACUUUCAAAUAAUAUAAAAUCUUUAGCACCAGUAUAUAUAUCCUUUGAGUCUGCCAUGAAUUGGGUUCCGGAUUUUCAGAGUUCCAUUGUUGUUCCUUCCAGUUUUGUUGAGGCCUUGUCGCUCAUCUGCGACAUCCUCCCUUCAAAAUGGCGUCUGGAUUCCCGAAAAAGACACCGACACCUCGUCUUUUGCUCAGGGACAGACUGCAGCCUAACACUGGACAGCCCAGCGCCUUGGAGUUUGGCUGCAUCCUGGCUGGCACUGAAGAAGUACAUUCUCUGAAGAUGACCAACUGCAGCUCACUUCCCAUCCAGUACCACUGGUCAUUCCAUUCCAGCAGCCAGGUGAACAGGUUGAGAGAUGAGCUUCACCCACCUAAAUUCAAACCCCAGCCACCAAAGGGGAAGAUAACCUGUUUGGAUCGCCGGGCAUCUCAAUGGAGACACUUCAGGAUUAGAAAGGAGGAGGCAGCCAGCACCCUGAAAGAAGUGCAGGAUUUAUACCAAUCUUUAGGAGUAAAGGUGCCACCACAAACUCCUGGAAACCCUCAGCUCCCAGUAGGGUUUGAGGAAUUCAGGUGCUCCAUGGACUUCCCACACACUCCCCUCGAAGCAGAGAAGGCUUUCAGGAUCGUGCCACUGUCAGGUGUGCUGCAGCCAGGAGAGAGCCAGCAGGUCUCCUUCACCUUCUGUGGCCACCUGGACACCAUCUCCAAUGUCACGGUGCUGUGCCACGUGGAGGGAGGCCCCAGCUACGAGGUGGUGCUGACUGGGGAGGCCUCACGUGCCAGCUACUCCCUGAGGCCCCGGGAGAUCAGCUGUGGCUCUCAGAUGUUUAACGAAAUUCAUCACAGCAAUGUCACCCUGGCAAACAGUGGCAAGAUUGAAUUCAGCUGGGUGCUAAACCCUAGCCCAGCAGACAAGCAUUUGCCUGGUGUGUUUCUGGUCAAGCCCACCACUGGCUCCAUUGCACCUGGCAAGAAGCAAGUGCUGAAAUUCUCUUACAUGCCGGGAUUACCAGGAGCCUUCAGCAGGACUUACCAGCUUAAAGUGGGUGACCUGGACCCAGAAAAUAUCUGCCUGAAAGGAGAAGCAUCCUUUCCCAUGAUCAGUGUCAACCUGCCCUGGAACAUCAAAGGAAAUGAAAAAUAUGAGAAGACACUGAAACAGCACCUAAGACCCCUGCAACAACACAAUCAGAGCAAUAAAUCAGUUGUUUGUAAGAAGACUCUGAGCCUGAAGACCAAGACCGUGAAGUCUCAGACCCUGAAAACUCAGACCACUAAGAGUCAGACCUUGGAGACUCAGAGUCUCAAGACUCAGAGCCUGGAGCCCUGCAUGCUUGACUCUGGCAUUGUAUUAAACACUCAGAUGCAGAUAAAGAUGAUGAACAUGCUGAUAGAGAGGACUUUUCUAGAGCUGCAGCAAAUUCUUCCAUCCCAUCCCCCAAAGAGCAGGUUCCCUGACAAGGAGCUGUGCCAGAGUCUUGUCAAAGUUGAGCUGCCCCAGUAUGUCCUGGACAUGGGCCCUGUCCUUAAGGGUUACACUGAGACACACACUCUGAAGAUCACCAACCCUGGGCAGAUCCCAGUGUCCUUCCAGGCCAAUGUAUCUGUCCUGCAGGACACAGGUUUCAGUGUGGACCUGGACCAGAAGAAUGGCCUCCCCCCCAACCACACCGUGGCGUUUGACGUGCGCUUCGAAAGUGCCCACAGGCCACAGGGUGACGUGUGGCUCUCACGCGCUGCGGUCGAUCUGAGUGAAGGGGCGCCGGCUAGCUGCUCCUUGCGAGACCGCAGAGGGGUGCCACAAGACUGGCCGCCCCCAGGUUCCCGUCGGGACUGCCAGGUAGCGGUGACAGCCGCGGCGUGGGUGCGCAGGCUGGUGCGAUGA